AUGGAACAAGUCCAUAAGAAAUACAUGCACUGUGGUCCGCAGUCUCUCCUAGCUAACAUGCGUCAACGAUACUGGCCAAUUAAGGGCAAGUUGAUGGCAAGGUCAGUAGUACAACAUUGUGUACGUUGUACUAAAGUAAGACCACGAUUUUAUGAACAACUGAUGGGUAAUUUGCCAGCGACAAGAGUACAACCUGGGCGACCAUUCCCCACCACUGGCGUGGACUUUUGCGGACCUUUUUGGAUACAUUACCGAAUCCGAGGCAAGAAACCACACAAGGCAUACAUUGCUGUGUACUGUUGUUUUACAACUAAGGCAGUUCAUCUCGAAGUAGUCAGCGAUUUAACCACAGAUGCAUUCAUCGGAUCGCUGAAACGUUUUGUUGCUCGAAGAGGACACUGUAAAAAUUUGUUUUGUGACAAUGCCACAAAUUUCGUCGGAGCAAGUAAUCAAUUACUUGAACUUGCAGACUCAAUUCAAACAAGUAAGGCACAAGAGAAGAUAAUUAACGAAUGUAAUGAAAGAGGAAUAACAUUUAAAUUUAUACCUCCUCGUGCACCACACUUCGGUGGACUGUGGGAAGCAGCAGUCAAAUCAGCAAAACACCUAUUGAUACGAAGUACUAAGACCACGUCACUAACAUAUGAGGAACUAGAGACUGUGGUACUAGAAGUCGAAGCAAUACUGAACUCUCGACCAUUGACACCUAUGUCAAGUAAUCUGAAUGACUUGUCAGCAUUAACACCUGGUCAUUUCUUAAUCGGAGAACCACUCACAGCAAUGGCAGAUGCAAAGGCCCAAUCAGGAAAUAUAAAUCUGGUGACAAGGUGGAAAUUAGUUUCUCGCCUCAAAUUGGAUUGUUGGGAACGUUGGAAAACCGAGUACCUCACUGAACUACAAUGUCGACACAAAUGGAAAGCAGCCAAUACAAGAAUGGCAUCAGGAACUCUAAGACGUCCUUUGACAAGACUAGCGCCUCUGUUUCCAUCCGAUGAACAAUCUCCUGUUUCUGAUGAACAACUUUCAAAAAGUUUUACAAAAGCGAAUUCGAAAACACCACACGAAGGCACAGAUCAAGACGAGCCACCUAAAAAGAAUUAUAAAACCAGCUAA